AAAAAAAUACAACUGAUAUCAAAACAAAUCACAACUGCUAUUAAAAUGUCAGCGUAGGCAAGUUCCAUAAAAGUACUAUUUCUCUAAGACAAACUAAAGAACUUUACUAGCCCUCAACUAGAACUUUUCUUCACGAGAUUCUACAACCACCAAAUAGCCACGUGAUUAAAAGGAAUCUCCACAUCGCAUAAAGGUUUCAGGUGUCGCCAGAAUCCUGCUGCUAUCUCAUGGCAUAUUUUUGCGUGGAUAAGCCAAGACAGAUCCAAGAUCUUCCUCACACCCUAUCAACCAAGUCUGAACCAGAGGCAGUGCAUACCUGUCACAAGCCUAUACAUGUGUCCAAAGCCAGUUUUUCUCAGAGCAGCAGGCAAAGUAACAGACUUGCGCUCUGAUCUGUUUGGGGCCUGUCUCACUCACAUGCAUGUCAAGUGUUUCAGUCACAGCUGGUUUAUUUCCAAAUACUUCCUCCUCAUCUAAAAAACAUCUUUAAAAACAACAGCAAUAACUCUGAGAAACAGAUACAUUAUGAUUUUAUUUUUUUUUCUAAUGAGGAGCUGCAGUUUAAUCUUCCACUUCAAAAGAAUGCCUUUAUCUAGAAACAUAAUAUUAUUUCAAUUAAAUUAAAAUUACUAAUUAUUUAAUAAAAUGAUUGGCUUGGCUGUCUUGACACAACACAAUCAAACAUGCAAAAGACAGCAAAGUAAGUUUGAUGCCAGUGCUAUAUAAGGAGAGAGGAAAAAGUAAAAAAAAAAAAAUAUGUUCAAAUAAUAACAAAAUAAAACAAGUUGGUAGGAAUCUUCAUACCCACCCAGAAAAUCUACCUGAAGGACCCUAAGAACAAAAGAUGUCUUAAUGUGUCUUCCUAUCUUCUCCACCAGAGCAGCAACAAAUAUAAGCCUUAGAACAAGAAGACGAGCUCAAGAUUCUUAAAUUCUUUCAGAAGUUUUCAAUACACCUGCUGCAUCUACACCUCUACCUUCCUAACACCUGGGUCCCCAUAGUCCUAUGCUUUCUUGCAUUCCUGCUCACUGAAUCCUUUUGAAAGGGUAGUUUUGUCUUCUUGAUGUCCAUUGAGUGUAUGAGACUAAAACAAAAUUGACUAAUUUAUGCAUAUACAAAGAAGAUAACAGCAUCCCCAACAUUCAUUCUUAAAAGUGAGAACAGUAACUUCUUAAAUGGGCUUUAAAAAAUCUGAAAUAUGCAUAACUAGAGUACGGUCGAGUUGCAAAAGCAGAAAGAUUUCCUGUCCUGUUCAAAAAUGUUUACAUGGCAAGAGUUUCAUCCUCCUACCACACCAUAACCAUGCAUUUCUGUGCCAGAUGUUCUUCUGUCAUGCCUCGGAAUACAAAUUAAAACCCCACAAGACAUCCCAUGCCCUUCCAGUAUAGGAUCAACAUUCAGGAGUCUCAUCUACCCCAACAAAGUCCUAGAGUUCUCAGUCUCUCACACCUGGUUUCCAGUGCCCUGGCACUCCUGUUCACCAGAGUCGACACCACAAAGAUGCAGAACCUGCCAAGAUGCAGCAACUCUCACCACGCCCUGGGUGCACUAAGAACUUAGAAUUGUCACAGCACUGCAGUCUACCUGCCACAACCCCAAGCACCUGGCCCACGACUGGUCUGGCCAAAGAUUUAUGGGCAGCUGAACCUACAAGGUCCUGCAACCCUGUGCAGGACAGUGGCGUAAUACAGCUGACGGCAGUGGGAAGUUCCUCCCAGGAGGAGAAUGGGCUCUCGAGGAGGUAGAUCAGUGCUUAAAAGAAAUCCAUAUAAAAUCAGAGGCUCCAGGAUACAAGAUGGUACCACUGCUCCUCUCUCAUGUCAUCUUUGUACACUAAAGAGCUGCUGAAACCAGAAGUGGAGUACAGAGCCCAGCAGUAGCCAGACAGCUAAACACAGAGUCCAAACCCAGAUGACCACUCUGAUACACAUGCUGUAUGCUGAUCUCUGUGUUUUGAUAGCACAAUGUAUCAUCAUUCUGUAAAAUGAGAAAUCUCUGAGAAAAAAAGAAACAAAAAACAUAACCAUGGAAACACACAAACCUUUUUUCAUUCCUGUUUUCUAUCCAAUUAGAAAUAAAGAAAAUGUUUUGUUUUUCUUUUCAUCUGAGCCUCUAACAGAUCACAAGAAAGAAGUUUUAUUACUCAACAUAUGCUUCAGUAUUCUUGCCCCUGCUCAGACAAAGAUACUUAGCAGGUGUAUGGACAGGCUUGUUUCAAGCAGACCACUGCCCUGGGUAAACUAAGGGAAGAAAUAACAUUUUGUAAAUAACCUUAACAUUUUUAUGUAUAAAGAUCUAUUUUUGAAAGGGAACUCCCAUCGCAGCUUCUUGAACGUUAGCAAAUUAUCAACAAUAACAAUAAACUACCUAAAACUAAGAGACUAUGCUCGUGUUUAUGUGUCCUGUAUUUGCACAAGAUGUAAUGGCAAAACUUUACAGUUAGUUGUUAUUUUCACAAUUGGUAAACUUCAGAACCCUAACUAUCUGAACUGCAGAUACUUUCUGUUGAGGUUUCAAAAAAAAUAUAGAGCAAUUACUAAAUUUGUAAGUUUAUAAGGAUCUCACAAAAUUAACAAUAGGGAAAGUACAUUGAAAGAUUAGAGAACACACAGGCAAGAAUACUGUGCAAUAAAGGUUACUAAGCAAAGCUGACCUAAGUUAAAAAUGGAAAUAUGCUAAAACUGAGCAGAAGACGGGCAAAUCAUAAACCUAACACCAUCACAAGCCAACUUGAACAUAGCUGCUGUUUUCUCUGGUGUUCAGCAAGAAGUAGAACCAGUACAAUAACUGAAACCGCCCAUGUUUGGUUUGAAUUCAACACGACAAAGCAUUCACAUCAAAAUGUCAUUACUUCCCUUAAGCUUCCUGAAAAUAAUGCUCUGAAUCAAGAAGCUGAAUGAAGCUAAAUAACAGGGAACCAGGCACAUCAACACUGUGGUAGCAAAACUGAAAGACGAAGGCUAAGAGGGGAGGAAGAGCUGCAAAAGACCUUCUCCUCACAGAUUAAUUCACUAUAUAAACAAGAAGGACUACUGGGGAUCGGUUUGAGGAAGCCCAAAGCUGGCAACAGCUAAUAUGCAGAUGUUCCUGAAGCCGCAUGUCCGCCCUGGGUGGAGCGUCCUUCUUUGUCGAGCGAGGAGCUGUUCUCCCGGCUGGCUCCGGCACAAGAGGAGCGAGCGAGGAAAUAUAAAAGGCAAGCGCCGCUUGAGGGGUGACAAGUCCGGGGGAGGGAGAGCCCGGUGGGAUUCCUGCUUGUGCCUCUUUUCGGGGGGAAUUGCAGGGGAAUUUCAGGCGGUCCUUGGGAAUAGCAACCUGCAGCCCUCACCUUUCUUUGCCACGAACUGUUUUGGAUGGCCUCCAUAGGCACCGGGAUGACCCGUGUAAAAUAUCCUUAUAGAAUCAUUAUAUCUAUGCCUUUGCAAUAUUACAUGUAUUUAAAAAAAAAUACAUAGUACGUAUAUAAAAUGUACCAGAAGAAAUCCAGGCGAAACACUGUGAAUUUUAACUAAUAGAUGGUUUUCUUCGUUUGCUGGACAGUCCAUGAUAAUUACUAAUUUGUGUUACAACAGAUAAAAGCACUCAACUGCAUUUUUUAAUUAUUUUUUUAUUUUUUUUAACCGUUUGCAUGUGACAUGUUUUCCUUGCAGGUCUCAUUCAUGUUUGUAAUGUGCAUCUAAUCACCUAGUGAUUGCACAUCUCAAGGUAGGUAGGGUCAGGCCUGGAACAGCCCGAUGGAAGGAUGCUCUGUGUGGAAAACCUAACAUUUGAGGAAGGAGGAGGCUGUUUACUGCUGGUUCUCUCAUUCUCCAAAUGAAACAUAAACCUGUUGUUGUGACUGGAUUUGGUCAUUGCAUUCCCAUGCCUUUCUUUCACCCCCAGACACUGGAUGAAAAGGACAGCAUUUGUGACUGGCUACCAAUGCUGUAAAUGGCUGAUUACGCUUAAUGCUUCAUCAGUAAUUUAAGUUGGAUAAAUAAAUUUUCUUUUUUUUUUUUUUAGUCCUUAACUAUUUCUGAGAGCAAUCCUGUUAGCACUGGCAAAUGAAUUCCAUUUUCACACCGUAAGUGACUACAGUUUGCAGGCAAACUGUUAUUUUUGUUUUUCGUUAGAGUAACCUUCACAUUUGGGUUAAGGCUUCCAUCAUAAUUUUCUCCUUGCAUUUUCUCAUGCCUAAAGAAAUAUUUCAGGCUCUGAACAUGCUCACAUGUGCCAACGUGAAGUGAUUUUCUUUUUCAAAAUGUGCUUUUUUGUAACCGGUUGGAGUAUGAGUGUGUGUUUAGAUGUGUGCAAGCAAAAUAAUAUACAUUUACGUACUUAUGAACAUAUGUACAUUGCUUCACUUGUGUAAUCUUUUUUCCAAGAAAUUCUUCCAGCAGAGCACAGUCCUUCCUUUAUAGUCUUCAAGAGAAGAACGCCACACAGCAUUUCAAAGUGUCAGGAAUUGGGAGAUAUUUUUGUUAUUUUUAAAGUGAUAGAGGUUUGUGUGAGAGAGGUACUUAGGACACUGAUUUGUUUUAAUGCAAGUUAUGAAUGGAGCUAUGCCAAAGAAGAUAAUUAGGAUAAAGUAAUUCCUUACUGCACAGGACAGUCUAACAGCCUGAGCACCUGUAAGAGUGUGGGAAGCUUUCUGUUCUUUGUUUCUUUGAAUUUACGGUGCAACUGUCCUCAUGUGCAGUCGCAUUCCCAAAUCACAUUCCCAAAUCAAUCCUGUUUUUUGCAUGAGCUAUAUGCAAUAAACUGCUUCCAUUUCCACACAGAUUCCUAUGUGCUAAAUUUUAUCCUGGGCAUACAUCUUGGAAGGAUCUUUCAGCCUCGAAAUGGAAAUUAUUUCACUUUGUGAGAGUCCUUUCUUGUAUUCCACUGAGGAGCCAGUGGGCUGUCAAAAGGUGAUUGAUAUCCAUAAAAAAAAGGGUGAAUACAAAUGCAUGGUAGUAUUUUGCUGCAAAUCCUCAGUGCUGUAAAUUUUCUGACAUCUCAGAGUGCUUUCAACUUACCUUAUUGAAAAUAGGCUUUCAUAUAAUGAAGUAAGCAGGCUGAGUGUGUAACAGCUUGAAAAGAAGCUUCAAGAAUUUUGAUUUUAUUCCUCUGUAUUAAGUGCAUUAAACUGCUUUCAGCAAUUCUCGAGUUCUUUUAUGCAUCCUAAUCAUAAUCCUAGCUUUGUCAUGGAAAGGACACCAGUGCAGUGUGUAUGUGUAGGAAAAGUAGUUAGGAAUGUGUAUGGGGGAGGGAAAGGCAUUAGUCUUGUAUUCUUCUCAGAGCAGAACCUAUGUUUCCACUCUUAAACGUACACCAUCUGAGCUUAUGACUAAGGAAUCUCAGAUCCUAUCACAGCAAAAAUAAUAGCAAUAAGUGAAAAUGGGGUAUAAAAGUGAUACUUAGGGGUUUGCUGUGGCAGCAACCAGGAAAGAUGAGCUUUUAUCCUAAUACACAGGGUGUUAAUAUAUACGAAGUUACAUUUUGAAGUAUUUAAAUGUUUGCCGAUAUCGGUUGAUCUCUGACAGUCUUUGUAGCCAAAUACUUAGCACCUUUAGCACCUGGAAUCUAGAAGUCCAGGUAUUAUUAAGUUUAACUUUUUGAACUUAGUCUCCAAAGUUCCUGAAAACCCAUUGUUCUGCUAAUCAAAGCAAUUUUCUACAAAUAAAUACCACUAUUUUUAGUCUGAGUUUCUUGCGUCCUUUCAAAGCUAGAAGCAAGAUUUACAUGCCUCAGUGGAAGGCCCGUGAAACCUCUGAUCCUGGCUUUUUGGGGUCAUCAGCUAUUGGAUCUUAUGACUUGCUGGAGGGAUUGCUUUCUGUUCUGCCUCUCAGUGAAACUAAGGCUAAGACAGAUUGAAACAUCAAUAUUUAGUUCCAAGAAUUUCACUGAAGCAGCUGUCCAAAGCAGCUCAAUGGUUUGGAAUGGUACAGUAAGUACCUAAGUAAAAUCAGUUAGCAGAUAGAGUCUAUUUCAUUAUAGGUCUCUUUUAUUCUACGGGUUUUGAGAGCUGUUUCAUGGAGCCAAGUUCCCAGUUUGCAUUAUUAUUUUUUUUUUGAUUGCUCGUUUCUUGACUUUUUGGCUUAUUUAUUUACUUACUUUAUUUAAGGAACUUCUGCAGCAGAUGUUCUCUUCUGUGUAUUAGACCUAGACGUUAUAAUAAUGAUUGGUAUGUGAUACUUUAAACUUUGUUUACACGCACAUAGCUUGUGCUCUGAGAUUGUAGGUGCUUGAGAAUUCCUGCUCACCAACACAUGGAGUGCCUAAGUUUUCACAGAGAUUAGUAAAUAACUUGAUAGAGUGUGAAGGAGGAAACACUGGAUCUGGGAACCUUACACCCUUACAUCCUGAUGCCCAGCUCUCAUCCUUCUCCCACCUGUUUCUUUCUUGCGUAAUGAACAAGCUGGUCUGUGAGCAGCAGAGCUAACGAAGCCUGGUUUCCUAUGGAUCUAUGCCCUUUGUCCACUAAAUCCUGUCUGCUCCAAAACUCCAGCUCUCCCAUUGACACCAGCAUUUCUGAAGAGACCGCAGAACUGCGACUAGCCAGGAUCUAUGUAGGUUCCAAGUGUCCAGUCUAUGUGUACCCAGUGAUUGCCUGGUUGAGCACUGACAGAAAUAAAGUACAGAACUGGGUGCUUCUUUUUCACUAGGGGUACAAAUUGGCUGCUGCCAGUGACUUAGCAUGCUUAACUGUAUAUUGUAGUUUCUUAAACUCAGACUAUUACUAUUUUCUAUUCACUUUUUUUCAGCUUUGCUAUUCUGUGCUUUGUUCAACAGCCUCCUCCAUCCCUCAAAUCCUCUUCUUUCUUUUUCUGGGUUUUAUCAUAUGGGCUAUAAUAAUCUUUAUCAUCUUUAGAAUAUUCCUGUUCUCAUGUGAAAGAUGGUUUCUCAUUUUGAUAUUAACUUGUCUGUUAGCUUUCUUUGUUAGUAUAAAUAGUUGCCUUCACUGAAAGAGGUGAGAAUAAGUGUAAGUAUUUAGACAUUUGGAGGAAAGGAAUUACGAGGAUGGUACAAAGAGAAUGCUAAUGUAGUGGAGUUAAGAAAAAAAAAUAUUUGGACUGAAAAAGAGGAAAUCUGACUGUGGCAUCUACUGAAUCAUCAGGUAACAUUAUGAGAGAAGUAGUAGAAACAGUAGGCAAAAUACUAGAAAAAUCAUUCUGGGAAAGAGUUCUAGACUGUUAGGAACAUGAACCAAUUAUGUAUGUUCUGUCCCUGAGUUUUAUGUUUAAAACCGGAAGAAAUGUGAGCUAAGAAGUAACGCUUUUCCUUUUUGUACAUAACUAUUCAGAAGUUUCUGCCCAAGACUUGAAACUAACUGGGGCUGCACAGUUAUAGAGGGAGUGAGAUCCUGGUCAGGAUCCUUCUCACUGCUGGGUGUCAGUCCAGAAGGGCUGAGUGUGGGGGAGAACCAAACUAUCAGAAGUCUUUAAAAAGAGAUCUUUUUAAUAUAAUUUCUUACAGAACUUUGAAAUAAUACAGAAAGGAUGUAAGGGAGAAAUCAGUUAUACCUAUACAACAGGGACAGAAGAGGGUCUUUUGUGUACCCAAGGAAAGACAAACCUGCUGAAGACAACAUUAGAUUUAAACCAGAAGUGAUCAAGGGCUGGAUUUCAGAACUUGCUCCACGGUUCAGGGCUUUGAAAACUCUCUGAGUGUAAUGAAUAGAAAAACAAGGUGUUAAAAACAAGUUACUAAGUAAAUUGAACACCAAAUAUUUUAUAGCAAGACAAAAUAUAACAAAGGCAGGAAGCAUCUUUUCAUUAACAUAUACUUCUUAUGGAACUGUGUAGCCACUAAAGUAGCAAUAGAAACCAGCUUAUAAUUACGCUAUCUAACCUGAAUGUUUUGUUAUUUACCGUAGAACUAUGCACAAGCUUUUCUAGAUAAGGAAGUGUUUUGGAAUCAGAGGUUAUAUUUAGGAGUUGUUUGCUGAAACACAAUUACUUGAUACUGUAACCAGUUCUAAUGUGUUUUUUUUUUCUUUGUUUUCAACAUUGUUUUCAUAGGAUCUUUGGCUUCUUGGAGAAACAGUAAAAAAUGCAAAACGAAAUAAUAAAGCCUGCUAAAUACUUCUCAGAAGUGGAGAAGAGUGUGCUGCUUGCAUUGGUUGAAAAGUACAAAUAUGUACUUGAGUGUAAAAAAAGUGAUGCAAGAACUAUUGCCCUGAAACAACGCACCUGGCAAGCUCUAGCUCAUGAGUAUAAUUCGCAGCCCAGUGUAUCACUGCGAGACUUCAAACAGUUAAAGAAAUGCUGGGAGAAUAUCAAGGCACGGACAAAAAAGAUAAUGGCACAUGAAAGACGGGAGAAGGUAAAAAGAAGUAUUAGUCCACUUAUAAAUACUCACAUCAUAGGGAAGGAGAAGAUUGCCAGCAUAAUGCCUGAGCAAAUGUACUUUUUGCAGAGCCCACCAGAAGAAGAUUCGGAAUAUCACCCUGAUGCUUCUAGUCAAGAGUCAUUUGUCAUCUCAAGUAGAGAACUUUGUGAGGAAGAGAAAGAGCUGGUACAUUUCCCAGUGUGUGAAGGUACCUCCCAACCUGAGCCUUCGUGUUCUGACGUCAGAAUAGCAGCGGAUAAGAACUACAGAAGUAAAGCGUCUCAGGAAAGUGCUCUGAAAAAGAUGCAUGAGGAAGAGCAUCAUCAGCAAAUGUCAAUUUUGCAACUGCAGUUAAUCCAAAUGAAUGAAGUUCAUGUGGCAAAAAUACAGCAAAUAGAAAGAGAAUGUGAGAUGGCUGAAGAGGAACACAGGAUAAAAAUGGAAGUGCUAAAUAAAAAGAAAAUGUAUUGGGAGAGAAAACUGCAGACCAUCACAAAAGAAUGGCCUGUAUCAUCCUUUAACAGACCCUUUCCUAAUUCACCAUAGAGCAUAAAGUGGCGGAGUCAGUCUGAUUGAGCACAUUUAUAAGUAACGCGCACUGGAAAGAGGGUGUUUUAAUGUGAAUGUACAGUGACAGGAUAGGUGCCCAGCUGAUAGGGAACACACUUUGAUGCUUAACAUUUAGGGAAACACUGGUAGAGUCUGCCAAGGGCAGAACGGUACUGUUCAUUUGUAGGUAAUCCUGACUUUUGUAACUUUCAGACAUACGCAGUAUUCUAAAAUGUGAACAUAUUUUCUGCUCUCAGAAUACCCUAACAUCGUUUGAAAUUUAAGGUAUUCUGGGUCUUCUUUCAUUGGGUAUUCUUGAAAAAAUGUAACAGCUUUAAACAUCAGAUUACAGUGUUUAUUUUGGUUUCUAGCUCUUCAUACCUACCAUUUCCUAAAUAAAAGCAAGGGUUGCUCUCUGCUAUUGAGAGAAAAAGCAGUUGACAGAUGUUAUGCUGGGGCACAGAAAAACAAAACAAAGCAAACUUUUAGCCUCUGGUUAAUAUAGUCCGUAACCUACUCUUCAUAGAAGAUGUGAAAGUGAAGGAAGUAGCAAAAGCAACACUGUAGUAAUUGAGCACUUUGCUUGUGAUGAACAGCAGUAAUAUUUUCUAUCUGGCUGGCUGAUUGAGAGAAUGGCUGUGGAGUGGCCCUUGUGUUCUUUGAGCCUUGACCCUUAUGAAGUUGUAAAGAAGGUGACUUCUUCCUCAGAAGCCCCUGUGCUUGUCCUCUCUUUUCCAGGCCUGUCUUGUAUUCAAGUAGAAUACCGAAAUAGGAGGGCCGCAUGCUGCUGCCAAUGCUAUGUGCUGUGCACGUGGAAUCGUUCUGAGGGGAAGACCUUUUUAACAAUUCAUAAAGCUCUUAAAAUGUAGCAAGUCAUCUAGUCCAUCGGCAAAGUUUCCCUCUGUCUCCCCAUGCAAUACUUAGCAGCUAACUGGAGUAUUUCAGCCUCGCUAGAAGAAAGGCUAAGACUUGCCUUCUUUUCCAUAGCUUUGGGUGGUAAGCUAGGGGAUCAUUCCUGUAUUGGAGUUCUGUUUUAUUCUGUCCUGUGUGUUAAGGUGAUGUAUUUCUUUGCUUUGCUGUCAGUGAGAAGUGACAGACAUGAUUUGUAUGAAAGCAUUCCCAUGAAGGCCCCCGCAGAGUUUGGGGGCCCAGAAUAGUCGAUGGUAGGAAAGCACAAAUAAAGAUAAUCCUUCCUUAGGCAAUAGUUUGUUCUAGUGGGGCAAGGGUUAAGAAAAUAUGAAAUACAGAACUCCAUAAAGAUUCAUAAGAUCUUCUGAUGUGUGAAAAGCUGUUUUGUAGGAAGCUGUACUGCCAACAUUUGAAGCAGUGAGAAAAAUGAAGAAAAGCAUAUAUUUUCAAUGAAAAUCCCAAGUAUCCCAUUAUUCAAUAAUGCAUUUUUAGGUCACGAUUAAUAAGGUCACAUCUAGACAGAGAGCAACAUAUUUAAAUUAGGGUAUGGCACAAAACAUGCUGUUCUUCCCGGUUACACUCCUAUUUCUUCCCUGGAUAUUCUUUCUGGUGCAAUUUGUUUUGGAUUUGGUUUUUGGCAGUUGGUUUCUUGCUGUUUUUUUUUGUUAUUAUUAUUUUCCCUUUGAACUCCUUUCCCUGCUGGUGAUUCAUCUUUGCAAGCACUGCCAUUAUCAACCACAAUACUCACAGUGGUUAACGCUGUGGUACAUGCACUGCUCCCUUCAACAUGCUAACACCAGCAAAUGCAAUAGGAGUGAUUUAUCGCAACUUAUUUUAUAUUACAGAGGAAAAAAAAGGCAAUUUUUGCAGAGCUGCUGCAGGAUUAUAGAGCAGGUCAUGUAUGAAAUCUGAAGACAGAUCUUUUUGACAGGAGACUCAGUUUUCUUAUAAAUUGGCUGUAUGAAGGAAGCAGAGGACUUCCAAAGGAAGAUAUAAUUAUGGAUGCUUUUUUUUUUCUGCUGCAUGGAAACAAUAUUGGAAAGUAGGACAAUGAUGCACAAUAAUGGUAGAGGCAAAAGAAAGCAGUGAACAGGAGUGAGGACCUUUAUGGUCUGAGGUUGCAUUCUGUGUUUCUGGAAGGCAAGUCAGUUAUUUGAGUGGUUAUGACAGUUGGUUAGGCACCAUCCAGAAAAGAGAUAGAAAAGAUAUUUCUCUUAGCCAGUGAUAGGAUUCUUUCCACACUGCUCCAAAGCGAAAGUAAUUUGAAGCUCUGUCAUUAAAACUAAGUGUGCUAAGGUGUCAAGAGGUGACCAAUGGAGACAAUUUCAGCACUGUGAAGAGAGCAAGAAUGGAGAGACAAUCCAGGUCUAGAUAGCCUUGUGGUAAGGUAUGAGUAGUCCAGGGAGAAUCAGUGAUGUUUGAGAUAAGGGUGGUUUUGACUCCAGAAAGCUAUAACGUUGCUCGUGAAAGAUUGUUUUAUUUUUGUAUGUAAAAAAAAGUCAUUUAAAGUAUGCAUGUUUUCAGACUGUACUAAGUGGGUAAUGUCUUUAUUUUGGUAUGCAUACCUAUUCUGAACCCAAAAUUUACAGUUCUUAGGCUGAACAAUAGAACCUUUUAAUUCAGCUUGUACUUCAAAGAAAGAAAAUCAAAGAAAGAAAAUCACAGGAGAAAAAUUAAAAAGAACCAAGAUGAAGAUACGAAAGAAAGAAUGAUCAGUACAUACACAGAGGAAGAAUGGGCAUGUCACACCUAACACAAAUGAUCCAGCAUGCUGUUGUGGUGGGCUUAAUGAAGACCCAGGUUUUUGCUUUCCCAUCUGUGGUCGACUGUUGGCUGCUGUAAGGUUGGUUGAUAGAAAAAUGUCAAAGAUCAGCGUGAUGAAGUAAUGUGUCUCCUUGCCAGGCUUUCACUUCUCCACCUAAUGGCUUUAUAAAGUGAUUGGUGUGAUGGAGUUCAAAUGACAUGAGAAAUGCGGGGUUUUGUUUGCUUGUUUGUUUUCAGUUCCUCUGGUUUUAGAUUUUGUCUUUUCUUUUGUCCAACUUUUCGUAGUUGUAGUAUCGCCAUCCCAGAAAAUGUCAAUUUGUUCCUCUGACUUUUUUUUUCCAGCUUACAUCAUUGAGAUACUUUUCAUAUCAUUGUGUUUUCCUGUUAAACAUCUGGCCAAGCUAAAUAGGCAUUUUCCCAAGUUUUUUCAAAGAUAAACUACAGCAGUGCUAAAAUACCUAUUCUUCUCUGGAUUUGUUAUAAAGUUGUUGGCAAGAAUGAAAUUAAAAGAUACACUGGGCCAAACGAUCCCUGUUUAAUUCCAUAAGAAAAAACAUACCAGACAGAUAUGGAUAUUUCUCGGACUCUGUUCUUACAAAGAGAAGGUAUGACCUUCUAGCCAAGGUGAGGCAAAUUUCUUCAUGCUCUCCAAAAAGACACUAGCCUGUUCCUAGCUCUGUCUCUCCUUGGAGAUCACCUAACUUAUCUGAUAUAAAUCGUCUUUAUUUGAUAAGUUUUUCCUUUGCAUUUAUUCCCUACAUCUGCUUCCUCCUCCCCCCCCCCCCCUUUUAAUUUUUUUUUUUACUAGCAAUAUGUGCAGGAGAUUUCAUCCAGAGUUACACAUUAUGCUCUUUUCUGUCUUGGCCAGACUGCCUAUAUCACAUCUGAACAUGAGAUGGCUGCUCCUCCCAGUCAUCUUCUUCCACAGCCACAUAAAGUAUGGUCACUUAGCCUUUUCUGCACACCUGCCCACACGUUCUGCAUUCUGGGCACAGGCUAGGAAACACAAAAGAGGAUUUUGGAAAGGGGUUGGUGUAGAGAAAGGCUUGUACAGGGAGAAGCACUUUCUCCAUCCCAGCUCUGUGUAAUUCUAGGAGGACAGCCUGACUACAAAGUCAUGAGUAUCAGAGCUAAUGCAGGAUGCUGAAGCUGUGUAAUUGGUACUGAUUCUUCAUAAAUCCUUGGGGUUUGUUUAGGUUUGGAGUUUCUGGUAACAAAGUUCCUUCUUGCUAGGUAGUUGAAGAGUCUCUGGAAGAUUUUCAGAGCCUCACCUCUUGACCUUGACAAAGAAGUAACCCCUCCUGCAAUCCAUGAUAGUACUUCCUUUAGGGCCCAAGCUGCUCUAUCACAGAGCAAGGGAUCUUGCUGUUUACCACAGAUCCUCUCCGUGACACUCCUCCCUACACAGUAGAGAUGUCUUUAGCCAGGACUAAAUGUCCAUCCCUCCUGGGCCAUUGCUCAGAGAAGAUGUCCACACCGGGGGCAGGUACAGCCGGUGGGGCCUAGCUUAGCACUAGGGCCGAAGCAGGCCUCUUGCGGCCCCAUGAGCAGCAAAAUGUAUCGUGGCCCAGGGCUACCCUUUUCUGAGUUAUACCACAUCUUGUGCAGCUGAGGAUGUAGUCCUGGAUUUUGUUUGCAAUACUAAAUGUUUGCAGUCUCUCAAGACUUUUUUUUUUCUACUGCUUGUAGCUACAGUGGCUUUUACAACGCAUCCUCUUCCUUCUUCCACACUCGCGUUUUAAUCCUUCCCAUUCAUCCUGAAUUUCUGUGGUCACAGCGCCAUAUUCCCAGCUGUUUUUCUCAUGAUAACGUUGAAAUGAAAAACUCCUACACAUUUAUAUAGUGUUACUUUGGGGUUAGGUGAAUUACAUGUAAAUCUUAAAAUAAUAUUUUUAUUUAAGUAAAGUCCAUCACAAGUAGUCCUGUGAUUUCAUAUUUUGAGCUAGCUUGUUCAAAGCUGUUCUUACAUAACUGAUACAUCUAAGUGUUUUUUGUUUGUUUGUUUGUUUGUUUUCCAUUUUUGGCUGUCUUUUCACAUUAAUUUUCUAUUUCUUCUUCAGGCAGUUAAAUGCAAAACUCACAUAUCAUGAGUCUUCCUGAACUUUGUCUCUAGGUAGAUAUUCAGAAAUAUUUCUGUGUAAAGUCAGUACUAACAUGUACCAAAAUUACAUUUAGGUCAAUAAAAUAAACCAAGUAACAAGCUGAUGGGAUAAUGUGCAGAAGAGAAAUAGAGAAAUAAGAGAGAAAGAGAAAGAAAGAAAGAAAGAGAGAAAGA